AUGUCCAAUAUUGAAGCAACUAUUGGAGAAAUGAAAGAUCUCAUGAAGCAGUUGGUGGAUGCUUCCAAAAGUCAACCUACUCCUCAGCAAUUAUCCCAAGAGCUUUGGAAUUCCGUGCAACCAAUUUUAGCAGCUCAAAGGGAUUUGGCUAAAAUCAACCACAACUCCCACAUGGAGUUAAUCAGAGUUAUGGUUGAUGGGGUGAAGGAUUCCAUGAAAAACUUUGGCAAACCAACACCAAGGAAUCAGCCAAAACAAAAGCCAGAGCCUGCCAAAGACUUUUUUGCUAAAUCUUCUGGAAAAUCUGAAGUUCGAAAGAAAAAGGGAGUUGAUGAAACCCUGCACAUCCAAACAGAUGAAGAGAUUACUGAAAAGCAGAAGAAAAAGGAUACAAAGAAAGUAAAAAGAAAAUCAUUCAAACACAACAAACCUCCAAUUGCCACAUUUCCUAAACCUAAACCAUCACCAAAAAAGCCAACCACUGCUACUACGAAACCUAAAACCAAUGUUGGUACAAAAAAGCCAAACACUGAUACAUCCAAACCUAAACCUUCACCACAAAAACCACCUCAUAAAAAGCAGAAUAUAGAUUCCUCAUCACCACCACCAUUUUCCAUAGCAACAGAUGUUGAUGCUCCAAAAGCAUCAUCAACUGUUAAAACAACAGCUGUUGAGACACAAGUGGUUUCAACAAUUGUUAGUCAAACCACUGAUUCCACCCAUUUUGUUUCUCCACCAUCAACAAAACCACCAACACCACAAAGAUUCCCAUCACAAUCAACCUUUUCACCCAAACCAACUUCUCCCUCAAAAACUCCUCCUCCUCCAAAAUCUGUUUAUACAAGAAAAAGAAAGUUCAUGGUGCAUGAAGAAGAAACAGAAAUACCAACACCAAUUCCUAUAUCAUCUACUCCAUUCAUUCCACCAUCAUCACCAAAAACGAACCCAAUCAAACAACCACCCACUGCUAACAUCCCACAAAACAUUCCAUUGGCAGUUCAAUACCCUCUGGAACUGCUUGCAGUUUAA